AGAUUAUAAUGCAAGAUAAGGAGAACCGACACAUCGCGCGCCUAAUUUUCAAACGAUGAUUUCUUGUCACGUGAUUGAUUUUAAUUCGCUCGCGUCCGAGUUUGAAGAUAGGUGGCGCUGAAGCUCGCUCCUCCUUCCCUCCAGCUUUCACGUUUUCACUUGUUUUUCUUCAAAUUGAGGUACACGUUCUGAAAAAUAUUAUCAUGGAGACGAACAACGUGAUAAAACCCGGCAAGAAAGGUAAAAGGGGAAUAAUAUAUUUGUCAACAAUCCCGAAAUAUAUGAAUGUCACAAUGAUUCGAGAAAUAUUCUCGGGUUAUGGCAAAGUGGACAGAGUGUAUUUACAACUCGACGAAAAUGAGGCACAGUCGGUGAAGAAGAAGCGGAGAAAAGCAAUCAAGCAUUUCACUGAAGGCUGGGUAGAGUUUGAAAGCAAGAAAGUAGCAAAAUUUGUAGCUGCGACCUUAAACAACACUCAAAUAUCUACGAGAAAGAAAAGCAAGUUCUUUGAUGUUAUAUGGAAUAUAAAGUACUUGCCUAGAUUUAAAUGGAUUCACUUGAGCGAGCGCUUAGCAUACGAACGUGCUGUGCAUAAACAAAGACUUUUGACUGAAAUAGCACAAGCUAAGAGAGAAGUUAACUUCUUCUCGUAUAAUGUGGAUAGGAGUAAGAAAUUACUUAAGAAACAAAAACAAGGAGGGGAAACGACUUUCAAAUUGCCUGAAGUUAAACAAAGAGACACUGAUAGUGAGAUAAGAAAUAGAAAAGCAGAAAAGAUGGAUGCGGAAGAUAGGACAGAAUUUCUUAAAUCGAUAUUUGGAUAAAAUUAUAAAUUCAGUGUGUGUAUAUAUAGGUAUUGUACAGCUAUAUACCAUGUUCAUAAUGAUUAAGUCUACAGAGGAACAUGAAUUGUUAAAUCGUUUUAUAAUAAAACUCGUUUUUUUAUAA